UGAUGUAUUAAAAAUUAUGGAUGCCUAUUCCAAAUGGUUUUAAAUUCAAUAAUGAACGAUUGUAUAUUUAAGGAGAAUUUACCAAAGAAAAUGGAAAGAUUAGAGUACUUUAUGGUUAUGAUUAAUAUAUACUUUCAUCAAAAGUAAUUAAUUAUUAGCUAUUUUAGAAAGCCACAUUACCAAAUAAGUGUUUAAAGCUUGAUUUUGAUACCAAAUUUGAAAUUUUGAGAUAAGCUAUUCCAAAAAAAGAUGAGGAUGACGAUAGUUUAGGUCCUAUUAUAGGCUUGCAAUUUUUGAGAGAUUGUGUUGAAAAUAUGGUUAAAUAGAGAUUAAAUGCAGGAGUUUAGUAAAUUAUUGAAUGGAGAUCCUUUCUUGGAGAAAGAAUUAAUUAAUGGUAAUUUCAUAAUAUGUUCAGAGUUUAUAAAAAAAUUGGGAAAGGAAACUUUGCAUCUGUAUAUAAUGAUAUUUAAUUAGGUUUAUUAAGCAGAGAGAAUAGAAGACAACUAAUUAAUGGCAAUAAAAGCAUUUGCCAAAUAACCUGCAUAUGGAGAAGAAAAUGGAAAAAAUGCUAUAAUAAAUGAAUUGACUAUAAUGAGAAAUCUUAAUAAUACACAUUUAAUGAAAUUAUAUGAAGUCUAUGAGACUAAUAAUUCUUUGUAUGUAGGUUUAGAGCUAUUAGAAGGUGGAUCAUUAUAUGAUUUAAUUAAGGAUAAAGUUUUAAUUAAUACUAAGUAAAUAUAAUAGAUAAUUGUGGGCAUCCUUUUAGGACUUUAAGAAAUGCAUAAAAAAGAUAUUAUGCAUAGAGAUUUAAAAUUAGAAAACAUAUUAUUCAAGAAACCAAAGUAAAUAUUUAAAAAUAUUAUAUAGAAAGAUGGAAUCUGUUGUAAUUGCUGAUUUUGGAUUAGCCACUUAUGUAAAUGAACCAGUUUACUUAUAUUGUAGAUGUGGAACUCCUGGUUUUGUUGCACCAGAAGUUAUCAAUAUUAAAGAUAUGAAAUCUAAAUAUUCUUCUGUUUGUGAUAUUUAUAGUCUUGGAUUAGUAUUUUAUUUAUUGCUUACUGGUAAAUCUGCUUUUAAUGGUAAAAGCUAUUCUACAGUUGUUAAAUAAAAUAGAGAAGCCAAUGUCAAUUUUGAUAUUAAAUAGUUAUAGAAUGCUCCUGGAUAUGCUAUAGAUUUACUUAAAUAAAUGCUUGAGAAAGAUCCAAAUAAGAGAAUCAAUGCUGAAAGAUGUCUUAAUCAUCCUUUUUUAUAUGAAAUAGUUAAAGAAAUGAUCUAAGUAGAACAUUAAGAUUAAAAUUUCGAUGAAAUUGAUGAAAGUAUUGAAAUUUAAUCAAUGAUGCAUAAAAUAAAUGAUGAGUAAAUUUUAAUAUAUUUUAGAUAUUCAAAAUUCGAUGCAACCAGAAAUGUAAACUCUCCUCUCUAAUCGCCUAAAUAAUCACCAGGAAUGGUUAUGUAAAAAUAAAUUAAAUAACAAAAACAAAUUGAUUCGUAAAAGGCUUUCGGAGCCGAUUCACCAAUACUUAAAGGGAAAAUUGAGUCUGUUGAUAGUGCUUAGACGAUUGGUACCCCAACUAAAAGAUCUAGUAUAUUAUAGCCAUCACCUUAAAUAAAACCAUCGAAAUUUUCGAAGUAGGGUCAAAACACCCCUUUAUUAAAAUAUGCUAAAAAUGAUUGAAU